AUGUUAAAAAGGGAGGAGUUGGAGGAGGAGGAGGAGAAGAAGGAAGAGUUGGCAGAGGAAGGAGAAAAAAGAGGAAGAGAAAAAACAAGAGGAAGGAGGGAGGAGAAAGAGAAGGAGGCGAAGGCAAAGGAGAAUAAGGAGGACAAUGAAAAGGAGGCGGAAAAAAAGGAGGAUGAGGGGGAGGAGGAGGAGGAAGAAAAAGUUAGUUGGAAGAGGAAGAAGGUGCAGGAGAGGGGAAAUAGGAGGAGGAAAAUUGGGAGGAAUGAGGGAGGAAAAACAAGAGGAAGGAGGGAGGAGGAAGAAAAGGAGAAUAACGAGGACAAUGAGGAGGAAAAAAGGGAGGAGAAGGUGAAGAAGGAAGAGGAGGAGAAGGAAGAAGUUGUCUUCUCUAAGCCUAAAUGCUGCUCUAAAUUUACAUAA